AUGCCAAAUAAUGAAAAUGAAGAUUCAAUUGUUUUAUUACCAUUAGAUAGAUAUACAGUUGGAAUUGACGAGUUUAUUGGAUUUAAUGAAUUUUAUGAUGAUUAUAAAAAUAAUAAUUUUAAUGAAAAAGAUUCAAUAAUAAAUGAAUUAUGUUAUAUGUCAAUUCAAUUAAUGGAAAAGUUAUCAUUAAAAUUAGGAGAUUGGAUAUUUAUUGAUGUUCAAAAACAACAACAAAAACAACAAAAACAACAACAACAACAACAACAAAAUAAACAAUGUAUUAUAUCAAAAGUUUGGACUUCAAGAUAUAUUCAACAAAAUUAUUAUAUUCAAUCAAAUUCAAAACUAAUAUUAAACCAACAAAUAAAUGAUGAAGAACAAGAACAAGAACAAGAACAAGAACAAGAACAACAAGAACAAGAACAAAAUAAAAAACAAAACAAAUCAAUAAAAUAUCCAAGUUUUGUCAAAAUUUAUAAAGUUAAUGAAUUUGAAAAUAAUUUAAAUAAUGUUGAUAUUGAAAUUAUAGUUUCAAAUAAUAAUAAUAAUAAUAAUAAUGAAAAUAUAAGAACAUUAUUUAGUAGUAAACAAUUUAUAAAGCAAUUAUUAAUAAAUAAAUUAAUAUGUAGUGGAAUGAAUAUAUCACUUUAUAAUAAUAAUGUUAAUUUAAUUAUAAAAAAUGUAAAUAAUAAUAAUAAUUUAAAAAUUGGUUUAAUUAGUCAAUCAACAAAAAUAAAUAUAAUAAUAAUAACAAAUGAAAGUUUAUCAUGUUUAUACUCUUCAAAUUCAUCAAAUUUAUUAAAUUUAAAUUAUAAAAAUAAAUUAUUUAAAAAAUUUAAAUUAAAUAAUAAUAAUAAUUUUAAAAUUGGUGGAUUAAAUGAACAAAUUAAAUUAUUGGAAGAAAUGAUGAUUUAUCCAAUUUUAUUUCCACAAGUUUUUAAAACUUUAAAUAUUGAUCCACCAAAAGGAAUUUUAUUAAAGGGUCCACCAGGUACUGGUAAAACUCAUUUAGUUAGGACUGUUUGUGAUGCAUAUGAUAUUGAGAUGAUAUCAAUUGAUUGUGCAAAAAUCUCUGGUUCCUAUAUCGGUGAAACUGAAGAGAAUUUAAGAAACAUUUUUCAAGAAGCAUCAGAUAAAUCAAUUGCAAAAUCAAAUUCACCAAUUGUUGUAUUCAUUGAUGAAAUCGAUACUAUUUGUCCACCAAGAUCUAAAUCCACUCAAAACGAGUCACGUGUUGUUGGCCAAUUCUUGACGUUACUAGAUGGUAUUGGUGCUCGUAAAGGUAAUUUAAUUAUAAUAGCAGCUACGAAUAGACCAAAUCAAAUCGAUAAUGCACUUAGAAGACCUGGUCGUUUAGAUAGAGAAAUUGAGAUACCAGUACCAAACAAACAACAACGUUUAGACAUUCUAAAAUUAUAUUGUUCAAAAUUACCAAUCUCACCAACUCCUUCCAAUUUAUUAGAUCAAAUAGCUGAUGAAACCGUUGGUUAUGUUGGUGCAAAUAUUCAAUUCCUUUGUAGAGAUUCUGCAUUUAUUGCAUUUUCAAAAUAUAAUUUAUUAAAGUAUCAAAAUAAUGAACAAAAUGAAAAUGAAAAUGAAAAAAAAUACCUUAUUGAAAUUGAAGAUUUUAGAGAAUCAAUUAAAAAUAAUCCAGCAUCAAUUUUAAAAGGUGAACAUUUAGUUGAGAAUAUUAGUAAUGUAAGUUGGGAUGAUAUAGGUGGUUUGGAUGAUAUAAAAGAAGAAUUGAGACAAGCUAUAGAAUGGCCAAAUCUUUACAAGGAGUCAUUUGAAAAGUUUGGAUUAUCACCACCAAAAGGUAUCAUUUUGUAUGGUCCACCAGGUUGUUCAAAAACUACACUGGUCAAAGCAGUGGCAUCAAGUUCGAAAUUAUCAUUUCUAUCACUAAGUGGUGCAACUAUUUUUUCACCUUAUUUAGGUGACUCUGAACAAACAAUUAGGGAUAUUUUUAAAAAGGCCAGACAAACAACUCCAUCAAUACUAUUUUUCGAUGAAAUUGAUGCAAUUGUUUCAAAAAGAAAUCUUUCAGAUAAUUCUAGUGGUGAUAAUGCACAGUCAAGAGUGUUGUCAACAUUUUUAAAUGAAAUGGAUGGUGUUGAACAAUUGAAUGGUGUAAUUGUAAUUGGUGCAACCAAUAGAUUAGAUAUGAUCGAUAAUGCAUUACUCAGACCUGGAAGAUUCGAUAAAAUAUUGGAAAUCAAAUUACCAGAUCAAUUAUCAAGAUUAAAAAUUUUAAAAAUUAAAACAAAAUCAAUACCACUCUCAGAUAAUGUUAAUUUAAUUGAAAUCUCAAAUUUAACAAAUGGUUUCAGUGGUGCUGAUCUUGAAAAUCUGUGUAGAGAAGCUUCAUUUCAAUCUUUAAGAAGAGAUUUAUUAAAUGGUUUUGUUGAAAUGUAUGAUUUUUUAAAUUGUUUAUCAAAAAUUAAUAAUCAAUCAAAAAAUUUAGAAAAUAAAAUCUAA